AUGGGAAGACACACGUUACUGAAACUAUUAUUGUUUUCUCUAAUCGUGUUUCAUGGUGUUGAAUCUUCUUUUGUUAGAAAGUUGAUUGAUUCAAUACCAAUAAAGGAUUCUCCAGAUCUAAACAACAAAGUUGGUGAAGAGAAAAAGAAAGAAAUUGAUGCUAAUGUUUCAUCAGUUCCACCGCCACAAUCUUUACCUAAAGUGGAGAAUGUGAAUAACCGUGAUGUAAAUCAAAAGGAGAACAGUAGUACUAGUAUUACACCUCCUCCUGUCCCUGUUAAUACUAUUACACCUCCUGUUUCUGUUCCUGUUACUGCUACUACACCACCACCUCCUCCUGUUCCUGUUCCUGUUACUGUUACUACACCACCACCUCCUCCUGUUCCUGUUCCUGUAACUGCACCUCCUCCUCAUGUUCCUGCAACUGCGCCGCCUCCUGUACCCAAAAAAACUGAAGAUGGGGUUGAUGGGGGGAAGGAUCAGGAAGAAAAGAAGGUUAAAGAGGAAGAGGUUAAAUUUUCGCAUUCUACAACAAAUGACACUUGUGAAGGACUAAAUACUUGCACAGACGACGGGGUCAUGGCUGCUUGCAUUUCUAAUAAGGAUUCCAAAAACUUAGUUGUUCUCCUUCGAAAUAAAGGGGAUGGCUCCAUCAAAGUGAAGCUUCGCAGUGAUUAUGAAAGUAACCUUGGAGAUGUAGAAGUUGACAAGAAUAAAACAGAAAAGGUCACUAUCAAACGAAUUCAUAGCGAAAAUACCCAACUGACUUUGGAUGCUGGAAAAGGGGAUUGUGUGCUUCACACGGCUACUCCCAUACCUGAGAGUUAUUUUCUGCACUUUCCUUCUUAUGACAAGAUUUUAACGCCAAUAAAUGGCGCCUAUUUCCUCAUAUUCGCAGUAUUAGUCUUUGGAGGUAUAUGUGCUUGCUGCAUGUUCAGGAAGAAACAUCGCGACGAGAUCCCAUAUCAAGAGCUCGAAAUGGCAUUGCCCGAGUCUGCUGCAGCUACCAAUAUGGAAUCUGCUGAAGGUUGGGAUCAAGUUUGGGACGAUGAUUGGGACGACAACGUAGCGGUGAAAUCGCCAUCAGUUCGCCAUGCAGGAAGCAUCUCAGCAAAUGGCCUUACUGCUAGAUCUUUAAACAAAGAUGGAUGGGAAGAUAACUGGGAUGAUUAG